AUGGGUUUCUCCAACCCAUCCUCCGGGAACAGCACCGAGGUCGAGCGGAAGAAUCCCGUCGUCGAACAUGGCAUCGACAUCGAACAACAUGCUGUUGCCGAAUCCCAUCUCGUCAACACGACAGUCAAAAAUAUCAGCUGGAAGGGCGUGACGGUGACAGUUAAGGACAGAGAGACGAAGGAACCGAAGAAUAUUGUCGAUAAUGUGGAUGGCAUCGUAGAGGCUGGCGAAAUCGUAGCCUUGAUGGGCCCUUCCGGGUGCGGCAAGACAACCCUUCUCAACUAUUUGGCGUCCAGGCCUCUCCCCGCCUCCUCCGGCCGCGGCGGCACCACCACCACCGGCUCCGUGCUCAUCAACGGCCAACCCACGCCUACCUCCACCUUCCGCGAGAUCACCCGCUUCGUCGAGCAAGAAGAUCACCUGAUAGGGUCCCUCACCGUAAGAGAGACAUUCGACUUCAGCUCACGGCUCUCCAUCUCGUCCAAGGUUCUCCCCAAGAAGGAGCGGAUUGCCAGGAUUGAAGGGUUGCUCGACGCCUUUGGACUGCGGGAGCAGAAGGACGCGCUGAUCGGAACGCCGAUUCGUAAAGGCAUCAGUGGUGGCCAGAAGAGGAGGGUGGGUGUCGCCAGUCAGUUGAUUACCUGCCCGAGGAUCUUGUUCUUGGAUGAGCCGACCAGCGGGUUGGAUAGUAAGGCUGGGUGGGAGGUGAUCAAGUAUUUGAAGGGGGUUGCGAGGAGGAAUAACUUGAUCGUCAUUGCCUCGAUCCACCAACCCUCCACAGCAACUUUCAACCUCUUCGACAAACUCAUGCUUCUCUCUGCUGCCAAGACGCACUACUUCGGUCCUGUCGCGGGCGUCACCGAGCACUACGAGUCCCUAGGGCACGAGGUGCCGCUCCAUGUCAACCCGGCCGAGUUUUUGUUGGACUUGGUCAACAUCGACUUUGCUUCCGAGCGCGAGGAGGCAGUCAGGGCUUUGGACGAGAUGCAGACUGCUUGGCAAGAGUCGGAAAAGGCGAAGCAGUUGACUGCUGCGGUAGCGAAGGCGGAAGCCAGAGGUGGUGAGCAAGUCGACACCGCUGGACAAGGGACAAAGCCGGGCUUGGUCAGUAGUACGAUAACGCUACUGCAUCGGAGCUUCAUCAAGAGUUAUCGCGAUGUGGUUGCAUAUGGCAUCAGAGCAGCCAUGUACUUUGGUCUCGCCAUCAUGGUCGGUACUGUCUGGGUGAGACUAGAUGCUGCGCAGGAGUCCAUCAUCCCUUUUAUCAACGCUCUGUUCUUCGGCUGCGCCUUCAUGUCCUUCAUGGCCGUCGCCUACUGCCCUGCCUGGCUUGAGGACUACUUCCAAUACAUCAAAGAACGUCGCAACGGGCUCUACGGCCCUACCGCGCUGAUCAUCUCCAAUUUCCUGAUCGGCAUCCCCUACCUCUUCCUCUUCUCCCUGCUCUUCUCCGUCAUCUCCUACUGGCUCGUCAACUUCCAGCCCACCGCCCAGGCCUUCUUCACCUGGGUCUUCUGGCUCUUCUGCGACUUGCUGGCCGCCGAAGGCCUGGUAGUGUUCAUGUCCUCGCUCUUCCCCUCCUUCGUCAUCUCCCUUGCCCUGGUGGCCUUCGCCAACGGCCUGUGGAUGAGCGUCGACGGGUUCAUGGUGCAGCCUACCAUCCUCAACGUUUUCUACAAAUACGUGUUCCACUACUGGGAUUACCAGAAGUACGUGUUUGAGAACAUGAUGAUCAACGAGUUCAAGGAUCGCGUGUAUACCUGUGGAAAACUGCCGGCCGGAAUGACGAGUGUUAAUGGGAGCGAUUGUCAGUGCAUGUUCCAGACCGACUUGGCGGAUCAGUGCCUGAUUAGGGGACAGGGCGUGUUGGAUCAGUAUGGGUAUAAGCCGGGCAAGCAGGGGAGGGAUAUUGGGAUUAUGUUCUGUAUCAUUGUCGGGUGGAGGCUGGCUGCUUGGGUGGUGUUGAAGUUGAAGAAGUGA